AUGACAGAUAGUGGCUACAAGAGUCCCAGCUCUACCAGAUCCUCGGAACCCGCUCGCAAAGCUAGAAAGACCAGAGUCAGACUAUCGUUGGUGUGUCGAAAUUGCCGCAGACGCAAAAUCAAGUGCGAUAGAGUACAGCCUACGUGUGGGACCUGUGCAAAGUUACAUGCAGAAUGCGUCUACGAUUACGCGGAUCAAUUGGAAAAGAGAUAUUCAGUCGGCAAGGCAUAUUCACUGGGUGAACGCUUGGAUGAACUCGAGCAUAAGUUUAAAGACCUACGUCAGGGUUUGAAAAGUGAGCAGCUCGGGAACAGAGGCUGGCGUAAUGAUCUUUACAAGCAGCCGGUUAAAGUGAACUUUUUUGAUGGUUUACAGCCCAAUUCGCUGACAAGCAUUUUCAAGUGCGACCACAAACCAUUCUCCGACAUGGGUAUGAUCCAGAAGCACAAGAGAUUGAAUCAUUUUUUGAAGUUUGUGACGAAAUCUUAUAAACCGUUGAACUACGUGGUUGGGAAGAUUGUCCAGUCGGUUGGAGAUGACAUCGAUCCGCACUCCGACGAACUAGAUUCUGUUGUUCAGGUCUUGUUUCUUGCUCCAGAAAUUCGCGAAAUACUCAGAAAGAACACCAUGAAUUCACAGGAUCUCUCGCCGGAGGCUGUGGAUGCAAUUCGGCGCUGUCUCUUAGGCAAAGGCGAUGGGGUUAGCAAAAAAGCUUUGUUCGAGCCAAUUGACUUGGAAUUUCACUCUUCAAAAACCACCCCACAAGAGUUGAUUGAUGAGAUAAUCAAUAUUUUACCUUCGAAGAAGAACAUUGAUCGUCUACUUUCGUAUUACAUGGAGAAUGUCUAUCCCUUAGUGCCUUACAUUGAUAAGACUCGAGUACUGAGCACUGUUCUACAAAGCAUUCAAUAUUCGCCUUCUGGUGUGGUAGUUGGAUUGAACAUUGGUGAUCAUCAAGAUUUUGCUCGCAAAACCGGCUGUCUCGCAAUUCUUCUGGUCCUCAUGCGGAUUUCAUACACCGCCAUGAUGCUAGUGAAUAUAAGCUUUGAAGUUGAGAUUUCAAAUCACUUUAUUAGAAUUGCCCAAAAGUGCUUGGCGCAUUUGAUAACUCUCUCGCACAAAACCAAUGAGGAUAUCUUAUCAUGCCUUAUUCUCAUGAGAUGGGCUUUGUUAUAUUUUCCAACCGAGGGAGAUGUGAUGGCAGGCUCGAUAAGAGAUAUGCUAAUGACAUUGAUUAUAAAACAUGCAUUCAAGAUCGGUUUAUAUCGAGAUUGUAUAGAGGCCGAUCAUCAUCAGGGAACUGACGAGAGAACCAGAUAUUUUCUCCACUUCAGAGCAAAGCUUUGGAUGGGCACGCUUAUUCUACUACGAUCCGAUAUGUAUUUACGGGGAAAUUUCUUAUUCCUUGGUGUGGAUUAUGCACAUAUGGCUCCCAAGGAAGAAGACAUCGAGAAAUACUAUGAGGACGAUACGGAAAUUGAGAUUCAUAAGGUGCUCCACAAGCAAUUGCAUAUUUUUGGCAAGAUGAGCGUGCUUGACAGGCUGUCCCUUCAGUUGAGGGAGGGAAGUGACAUUGAUGAUAUAUAUCCGAAGAUUCGAUGGCUGGAGUAUGAGCUUCAGUCAUGUUGCCCACUUUCUGAGGUGAAUGGCCUGGUUGGCGCACAUGCUGAUCGAAAGGUGCUUCAAGGCAUGCGUAAUGCAUUGUAUUUCAAAGUGAAUGUCAUAGCAAGAAUCUAUUUUCUGGCAAUACGGGCAUCUGUCGUCUGUAACAUAGAAGAUCAGAUAAGGCUGUCAAUAGGGAAAUCGGAAUGGUUGAGUCUGACAUUCAGGAAAGUCACAGAGGAGUGUUUCGAAAGUGCACUUGAAUUAGGCGACAUAUUGCAAACAUAUAUGAGAACAGCUGGUGACAGUAACGAGGGCCGAGUGCUACCCGACCAUCGUUAUAUUAUUAAUCAACUAGUCCAAAAUGGUGUAUUCCGAGUUGCUUAUUACCUUAUCGGGGUGAUCCUCACUGUCCUUCGUGUCAAAGAAGAGCUUAAGGGAUUCCGAUGGCAAACCAAGAAUAGGCCCAGUCUUGAAGGGCAGAUCGAUUACAAAGUCUCUAUCAUUGACUCUAUUUCGUAUUCUAUUUUCCAAUAUGUUCAAAAAAUGGUCAACCUGGGAUCUAACACGCUUUCCAACACGUAUUUCACCUCGUUCAAACAGUUUCUCUUCCUCGAAUAUGCCAUGCAGAUUAUCCGGAAUGAAAUCAACCCAGGUGUUUCCAGUCGCCUCAAUGAAAUGAUGGAUGUGACCGACAUCCCCGCUUGUAUAGACUAUUCCACUGCAGACUGGGAGAAAUUUUCUGGUUUCGUGAGCGCGGCUCUCGGCGCUCAUGAAUCUCAGGGAUUUUUCCCUACCACGGGUGACUUUUCAGUCACGAAUAUGCUGCAGGUCCCGGAAAACCCAUUGGACCAGUCCUUAAAUCCAAUCUUAUUGUUUGAUGACGACUCAACUAUACAGAAUAUGCUCGAUGGAGACUACACAUGGACAGACUUUAUAUAA